AUGUCUGAGAGCUCACCCAGCAAGGAUGCUGCCCCGGGCGAGUGCCCUGUGUGCUAUGAGAAGUUCCAGCCGCCGGAGGCCACGCGUCGCCAGCUGAGCUGUGGGCACAUCUUCUGCCACGACUGCCUGGUGAAGUGCCUGCUCUCCACCAAGCUGGAUGGCCAGGUCCAGAGCAUCAUUACCUGCCCUGUCUGCCGCUACAUCACCUUCCUCAGCAAGAGGAAGGCUCUAUGGCCGCCAAAGGUGGGCACCAGCCCCCAGACACUGGAGGUGCCACUGUCACCUUCCUCCUUGUCCCAUCUGACCAAAACGGAAGGCAGCAACACCCUGGUGGUGCCCAGCCACUUUGUGAUGCCCGUACAGAGCUUUGACCGGAACUGCGGCUCUGGGGACUCACAGAAGGUGCCAGGGGAGCUGGUGAGGGAAGCUCACAUCUUUGUCAUCAGCAACCAUGGGAUGCCACUGGUGGAUGUGGACUGUGGCUCCCUGGGGAGGGGCAGCAGAGCAGAAACUCAGAGCUCAGUGUCCUACAGCUCAGCCCUGGGGGUGAAAUGCUGCCAGUCACCCAUCGCCCUCGCCGUGCUCCUCAUCUUGACUGUGUCCAUGCUGGCAGCUGUGCUCCCUUGGCUUCUGCUAGUGAAGAGGGACUUGUAG